CUCUUGUCCUGCGUAUCCAACCAUCCGGAAUGGCCUGUGAUUACCUCCGGAGUUGCUCGUUUGCUGGGCUUAUUAGCGUUUGGUGACGCGGACAAAAUGGAUGCCAUUGUUCAGUUUCUUAAAGCACAUCUAGUCAGACUAAAACCCGGUGCAGUAUUGUCCGACAAGAAAGAGUCUGCACUGCUUGACUGUUGUUGCGCUCUCAUGAUUGCCAUUCGUCGGGACACGCCGAACGGCUCCGCACUUCGACAGAAAAUCGUUCACGAAGCCGGUGCACUGGAAGUCUGCUUGCAAUUCUUGUGGGACACCGUACCAGCUUGUGUUAUAGACCUGGAUGAGGAGGCCACACUCAACACCAGCGACCCAGAAGUCACCAAGUUCCUCGAACUUCCAAUGCUACCACAUGUACUUCAAGUGUUACGUGCCUCGGUGGACGGUUCCCAACCGGCUGAAUGUCUCUCUCAACCAACCUCGUACCAUGUGCCAAACGAUCCGGAUAAGCCGAGGGUAACCGCACACAGCUUGUUGCAUUUCUUGCAUCUGCUUGAUACGAGUACAUCUUCCGGUCGAGUGGGUCUACUAACUGAAGACAUGCUGAAUGAAUGGGCCCCGAAAAAUGCUGAACCCGCACACCCGGCACCUUCCUCAUCAGAUUCAACUGCCUCAGAGGACACGUCACCUACAGUAUCACAAGUGAUAGCCAAGUUGCGUGAAAGUACUGCGCAACGCACACAACGCCUGGCGCAUGCAAUGCGUCAAAAGAAGCUCCGCAGCAUGAACAUGCGUGUUGAUGAAAAAGGAAAGGUUAUGGUUAUGGGUUCGGAUCGCUUGGCCGAAAUGACUGCCACCGUCACUGAGGAGAAGGGUCUUACUUGUGCGAUAUGCCACGAUGGCUUCCGGAACGCUCCACAAGAAGCGAUGGGCAUCUACGUAUUUGUACGACAGUGUCCACUGGAGGAGACCAUGGUCUAUGGAAAUGAAACCGCCCAAGUACCGUCCACUCCAUCCAUAUCACAAGGUUAUUCAACUUUGUCCAGUUUUGUCACGGUCCACUUCUCUUGCCACACAAACUCUCUUAAAUCCUCCUCGGAGAACCGUUGGACUGUCGCUCAGCGACACAAUCGUGGCGCACAAUGCAACGCCAUUCUACCUAUCCUUAGCCCACCUUCGACAUCCGGAACCGAAGCGAAGAGUAAAACAAAGAAAGAUCGAUCUCAAUCCCCGGAAGCAGUCUAUGCCGGUCAUCUGGGCAGUUUCAUGAACUAUAUCAUGCGCAAUUUGAAUGUUAGGCCGGGCUAUGCUUCCGCGCUGCAGGAUGUGAAAAUUUUACUCUGUCGCUUCGCCUGCAACAGACAUUUUCAUCAGGAAACCGGUGGCGGCGGUCGUGAAAGUAAUAUGCAAUUAUUGCCACACCUUAUGCAAGUUUGUUUGCACUCUAUGAUCAUGAGCACCUCGGUCAACAAGGAACUGGUCGAAUUGGACGAUUUUAUGGACGUUCCGGAAACCCAGUGGGCCACAAACGAGCAUUGCUGGAGCACCACAGGUCCGUUGUAUCGUGCAGUGGCCGCUCUGCAUCUGUGGCCGUCCGAAAUGUGGCGUCAACAACGUGGAGCUGUUCUUCGCCGUUUGCUGUAUCUAGGUCGCGGUCGAAUAAAACAGUUGGGUAAUAUGAGUGCGACGGAAUCAACGGGGUCUGUGUUCAUGCAGUUCAAACCGUACUUCGUUUUCUUCGGUCUGAUUGAUGCAAUUUAUCAUCUGCUGUUCAAACAUGUAAGCCUGCCUUCAAAUAGUUCUCAGCCCGGAGACUGGUGUGCAACUCUUUCGGCCUACAUCGCCGCAUCGGAUGAGGCAUUGCUGGCGGCCACUCCACAGCUCCUGUCAUUUUUCCAAGACGAUCUGUCGCCAAUCGUGUCUGUGGACGAGUUUUUGGAUGUAAUGGAUUUGUUGAAUGAACUGAAUGCGAACGAGUUGACCACUAUUAUGAAUGAAUCCUGA